UUUCGUUUUGUGUGCAGCAUGUCUAAGAAGGAAAAAGAUACCACGAAAAUAACUCCUGCUGAAGUCGGUAGUCAUCGUCUUGAAGUUAUAGAAACACCAGGAGAAGAAGACGAAACAUGUAAAACAUUUGUAUUCCAUAAUGAAGACCACACACUGGGAAAUUCUCUGCGUUAUAUUAUAAUGAAAAAUCCUGAUGUAAAGUUUUGUGGAUACAGUGUCCCGCAUCCCUCAGAACAUAAAAUCAAUUUCCGUGUUCAGACCUACGGGAAACCAGCAGUAGAUAUUCUAAAGAAAGGUUUAAAAGAUUUAAAUGGUGCAUGUGAACAUGUGUUACGGACUUUUGAGAAUAGUGUGUCUGAGUUUAAGAACAGGAAUACAUCUUCUGAGAUGGACACAAGCUGAGAAAUGGAUUGUUUAAAAAAAAUCCUAGCAGAUUCAUGUGUGUAUAAAGUUACACAAUAAAUAUGGGUGUCUUUCUUAACAGUAUUGAAGAAUAUAAUGACAGAUACAUAGCAUGUGCCACAUAAAUUUAAUGUGAAAUUGUUAGGAAAGUCAGAUAACUCUGUUCAUGGUGUUAUAUGUUUAUGUAUGUAUACAUUCAUAUGAUGGAGUUGUCAUUAAAUUGUUUUAAAGAAAAACUAAAAAAUUUAGAUUCACCACAUGUUUAUGUUUCAUUUGAUUUGCCUAAUUAAUGUAUUGUCAUCUGUAGUUAUAAUUUUUCAUUGGAUUACCAUUGCAGUCCAUCCAGUGAAUUUUUGACUAUUGAAACAACUACAAGAUUGUCAGUCAGAGCUCAGACAUGAAUAAAUCAAAUUUUUCUUUUGA